AUGGCCGAAGGGGAGGAGGGAUGGAUCCACGUCGACCGACUCUCGCCGCUGGUUCGGGACCCGGGUGCGGUGACCACCGUGUCCCUGCGCCCCGCCGCUGGCUCCAGCACCUCCCUGCCCAGCACCACAAGCUAUGUCAUCCUCACUUGGGUCCUGAAGCCACUUAUCGACAGCCUUCAAAACCGCAGCCCUGGGAGCUCCUGGAUCAACGGGGAGAGUCAGAGCUUUGUGCUCAGUUCCAGGCAGACCAAGAAGCAGAAGCGCACGUUGGGGAGACAGAGCCCGGGCAGGCGCAGCUCUGCUCCUCACGCCUCUCCUUACCUCUUGCCCUCCCAGAGGCCCCUUCCCCCACCCGGGUUCAUGCCGACGGCCUGGGCUCCCCCGGGCGCCCCCGAAGCCCCAGCCUGCGCCAACCAGAGCUGCGCCCCCCACGACCUGGUCCUGCUGGGCUUCGCGCACGUGCCCACGCUGCGGCCGCUGCUCGCUGCGCUCUUCCUGGCCAUGUUCCCGCUCACGCUGCUGGGCAACGCGCUCAUCGUGCUGCUGACCGCCCUGGACCCGGCCCUGCGCGCGCCCAUGUACUUCUUCCUGCGCCACUUGGCCCUGCUGGAGGUCUGCUUCUCGCUGGACAUCGCGCCCCGGCUGCUGGGGACCCUGCUGCGGCCCGGGUGGGGCGUGUCCCCCGCGGGCUGCGCCCUGCAGCUGGUCCUGGUGCUGUCGUGCGUCACGUCCGAGUGCUUCCCCCUGACAGCCAUGGCCUGGGACCGCUACGUGGCCAUCUGCAGGCCCCUGCGCUAUGGCGCCAUCAUGAGCCCCCGGCUUUGCCACCUGCUGGCCGCCACGUGCUGGCUGGCCGGAGUCCCCGUGUCGCUGGUCUUCACCAUCUGGCUGUUCAGCUUCCCCUUCUGUGGGCCACGUGGCAUCCGCCACUUCUUCUGUGACAUCGCCCCUCUGCUGAGCCUGGUGUGCGGGGACACCAGAGUCUUCGAGGCCAAUGUGUUGGCGGCCACUGUGCUGGUCAUCAUGGUUCCCUUCUGUCUGAUAGCCACGUCCUACACUGGGGUCUUGGCCACCGUGCCUCGGAUGCCAUCCGCCACGGGGCGCCACAAGGCCCUGUCCACAUGCGCCUCCCACCUCAUCGUGGUGGUUCUGUUUUAUGGCACCACGGGGGUCAUCCACUUGCGACCCGAGGCCAGCUCCUCCCCAGAGAGCAAGCAGGUGGUGUCCCUGUCCUACACCCUGGUGACCCCCAUGCGCAACCCCCUCAUCUACAGCCUUCGGAACAAGGGGGUGAAGGCUGCCCUGGGGCGGGUGUGUGUUCAGAGAAGACGAACCCAUAUUCCAUAA